ACAAUAAGCUUCCUCAGGUGGAGAUUUAAGACUUUCUGUCUCACAAAUUGAACUUAAUCAACAUUGUGCAAUUUGCUUACGAGAGCAAAGAAAAGUGAAAGUUUUCUAACAUAAAAGACCAUGGAUACUUCACUCACUUCAAAUCAAAUCCGUCAAAUGUUUAUUGACUUCUUCAAGGAGCAUGAACACAUAUACGUUCAUUCAUCAUCGACAAUUCCAUUGGAUGAUCCAACACUCUUGUUCACCAAUGCCGGAAUGAACCAAUUUAAACCAAUUUUCUUGGGAACAGCUGAUCCCAAUUCUGAAAUGUCAAAAUGGGUUCGUACAGCAAAUACUCAGAAAUGUAUUCGUGCUGGUGGAAAACAUAACGACUUAGAUGAUGUUGGCAAGGAUGUUUAUCAUCACACCUUCUUUGAAAUGCUUGGAAAUUGGUCAUUCGGUGAUUACUUCAAGAAGGAAAUUUGUACUUGGGCUUGGGAGUUCUUAACUAAUCGUCUUAAGCUUCCAAAAGAACGUCUUUAUGUAACUUACUUUGGCGGUGAUAAAUCAGCCGGACUGGAACCAGACUACGAAUGUCAAGAAAUUUGGACCAGUCUUGGUGUCCUUCCUGCUCACAUUCUUCCAGGUUCAAUGAAAGACAACUUCUGGGAGAUGGGCGAGACUGGCCCAUGUGGUCCAUGCUCGGAACUCCAUUUUGAUCGAAUUGGCGGACGAAGUGUUCCUGAAAAAGUCAAUCAGGAUGAUCCCGAUGUUCUUGAAAUCUGGAAUCUUGUUUUCAUUCAAUUUAACCGUGAAGCAGAUUCAAGUUUGAAGCCUCUGCCGAGAAAACACAUCGAUUGUGGUAUGGGAUUUGAACGACUUGUAUCAGUGAUUCAAAACAAGCGAUCAAACUACGAUACUGACAUUUUCAUGCCGCUUUUUGACGCAAUUCAGAAAGGAACAGGUGCACGAACUUAUCAAGGAAGAGUUGGCGUUGAAGAUGUUGAUGGUAUUGAUAUGGCUUAUCGAGUGUUAGCUGAUCAUGCAAGAACAAUAACGAUUGCGUUAGCUGAUGGAGGAUUCCCAGACAAUACAGGUCGUGGUUAUGUGUUGAGAAGAAUUCUUCGUCGUGCUGUUCGUUAUGGAACUGAAAAGCUUAAUGCAAAGCCGGGAUUCUUUGCAACUUUAGUCGACACUGUUGUGGGUUUACUUGGUGAUACAUUCCCAGAACUGAAGAAGGAUCCUCUACACAUCGUAAAUAUUGUCAAUGAAGAAGAACAACAAUUCUUAAAGACUUUAACGCGUGGAAGAAAUCUGUUGAAUCGUACAAUUGCAAAGCUUGGUAGCGGCACAAAAAUCUUACCAGGAGAUGUUGCAUGGCGGCUUUAUGACACUUAUGGAUUCCCAAUUGAUUUGACUAAACUGAUGGUUGAAGAAAAGGAUUUAACAAUUGAUAUGGAAACGUAUGAGAAGGCAAAACAAGAAAGUUACAUCAUUUCGCAAGGAAAAGCUGCUGAUAAAAUCGACACAAUCAACUUAGAUGUGCAUGCUUUGUCAGAGCUUCAAGAUAAAAAUAUUCCAACAACAAAUGAUUCGUUCAAAUAUCGUUACAAAGCUGCAUCAAUCGAACCGACAGCUGAAUAUAUUUUUGAAGGAUGUAAUGGGAAAAUUCUCGCAAUUCGUUACAACAGUCAAUUUGUUGAUGAAGUGAAAAGUGGACAGGAAUGUGGACUGAUCUUGGAUCAGACAAAUUUCUAUGCUGAAUCAGGCGGACAAAUUUAUGAUCAAGGAUAUUUUGUGAAAGUUCAGGAUGAAUCAACAGAAUUUUCUGUUCGUUUGGUUUACAACAAAGGCGGCUACAUUCUUCACAUCGGUGUUGUUGAAGGUGUUUUACGUGUUGGUGACGAAGUUCAAAUUCAUCUCGACACAAUUCGUCGUCAAUUGACGAUGAAAAAUCAUUCUGCAACUCAUGCGUUGAAUCAUUCGCUUUUGAAAGUUCUUGGGAAUGACACAGAUCAACGUGGGUCGCUUGUCGUACCUGAAAAGUUGCGUUUUGAUUUUACGAAUAAAAAUGCAAUGACAAUCGAACAAGUUGCUGCUGCUGAGAAAUUAACGCAAGAAGUUGUGCAGAAAAAUGUGAAGAUUUUCUCAAAAGAAGCUGAUUUGAAAGUUGCAAAGGCGAUCAAUGGAUUGCGAUCAGUUUUCGAUGAGGUUUAUCCAGAUCCAGUUCGUGUAAUUGCUUUUGGAGUUCCAGUUGAAGAAUUGGAAAAGAAUCCGAAAGGAGAUUCUGGUGUUAUAAACUCAGUUGAAUUUUGUGGGGGGACUCACUUGCAUCAAUCAGGGCACAUGGUUGACUUUAUCAUAACCAGUGAAGAAGCAAUUGCUAAAGGAAUUCGUCGCAUUGUUGCUUUAACGGGACCAGAAGCAGAAAAAGCACGUAAAAAAACAAAUUUACUUGAAAGCGAAUUAAAAAAUCUUCAAUUAAAAAUUGAAGCUGAUAAGAACUGCGAAAAUUCAAAGGAGUUGGUGAAGGAAAUUGUUGAGCUAACUGAUGAUAUUUCACAUGCUGUUAUUCCUUAUGUCAAGAAAGAUGAAAUGAGAAACACUUUGAAGCUGAUGAAGAAGACUUUAGAUGAUAAAGAUCGUGCUAAAGCUGCAGCUGUUUCAAAUGUUGUCAUUGAUCAAACUAAACAAUUGUGUCAAGACAAUCCUGAUGCAAAAUUCCUUGUUCAUCGUUUCGAAGCCUUCAACAAUACAAAGGCACUUGAUUCUGCAUUGAAACAAGUACGAACAAUAAAUCCUGACACAUCAGCUUUGUUUGUCUCUUCUGAUCCCGAUUCGAAGAAAAUAUUUUGCUUGGCAAGUGUCCCAAAAUCAGGAAUCGAUAAAGGCUUGAAAGCUAAUGAAUGGAUCCAACAAUUGUCAAGUGUCAUAGGUGGGAAAGGGGGUGGAAAACCCGAAUCAGCACAAGCUUCAGGCACCAACUAUGAAAAAGUCGACGAAGUACUGGAAUUGGCUAAGAAAUUCGCCUCUUCAAAAUUGAAUUAAAAUAUUUAGAAGAAAAAGAUUUGCAUUUGAAUGAUUUUUACACAAUUUUUUUCUUUUAAUUUUUCAUUUUUUAUCAUCAUUGUUUUUAUCUUAACCGAAUGCUAUUUAAAAUAAAGUGCUAAUUGCGCCAUAAUUUUCAUCAAAUUUCAUCUUUUUCCUUUCUUAACUUUUCACUUUCCAUUUGCUCAUCGUAGUUUUCUCUGAUGACAUCUAAAAGUUGAGUAAUAUUUGUACCAAACUUGGCACUGAUACCAACCACAGUCAAAUGGCUGAAUUUUUCGCGAAGAAUUUUCAAAUUUUCUUCAGCGCCAGGUUCGUCGAUUUUAUUUGCUGCAAUUAUUUGUUUCCGUGUCAUGAGUUCCUCACUGAAUUUGUUAAUUUCGUUAGUUAAAAUAUAAUAAGCUUCCCAUGGCUCAUCUAAAGACACAUCUAUCACAAAGAGAAGCGUAUUACAACGUUCAGCGUGUUUGAGAAACUGAAUUCCUAGACCACGAUUAUCAGCUGAUCCUGAAAUCAAUCCAGGAAGAUCAGCUACAGAAAUCUGUUCAUAAUCAUCGUAAGGAAUCAUUCCCAAAUGUGGUUUGAGUGUUGUGAAUGGAUAUGAUGCAAUUUUAGGUUUUGCUCUUGUUAUCAUACGAAGAAGUGUUGAUUUGCCAGCAUUUGGUAAUCCAAUGAAUCCAACAUGUGCCAUGCUUCGUAAUUCUAAUGUGUAUGCGACAUCUUCGCCAGAUGCACCAUAUUCACAAACUUCUGGUGUUUUAUUUACACUUGUUGAAAAGAAAUGAUUUCCUUUUCCUCCUGCACCACCACGUGCAGCAACAAACAUGACUCCUUCUUUCUCCAAGUCUCCCACAACUUCUCCUCGAAUAUUCUUCACAAUUGUUCCAAUUGGAACUCUAACGACUUUAUGUGGUGCAUUCUUUCCAUGACAAUCUUUAUUCAUUCCAUUUUCACCAUCAGGAGCUUCUAACACUGAAGAAAUAUGUUUAAAAUCGUUGACAUCUGUAGAUGCUUCUAAGACAACAUGAGCUCCAUUUCCACCGUCACCACCAUCGGGACCAGCAAAUUCGUUCGCCCACACACGUAAUAAUGAAAUGCAUCCAUCUCCACCUUUUCCUCCAAUUGCUCUGAUAUAUCGUUCGUCUAUAAAAUAUUCUUACCACUUGAUUAGACGACUUCUUUUUCAUAGCUUUCAACGCUACAGGUCUAGAUUUAUUUGUCACAGUUCUUAUUUGCAUUAAAAGGAUUUUUCUAAUUUGUGAAAGCAUUUUUUAUUCAAUUUCAUUGAAAUUUUUGACUAUUUUGUUUACAUUUGGU